AGGAGAGAGAUGAAGUUCAAGGUCGUGGUGGUGAUCGUGCUCGGGUUUUUGUCCCACUCUUUCUCCACUCUCUCCCACACACACACGUUCACAGUUUUACACCCGCUUGCGAUACGAUGGCCACCACGGAAAUGGAGAUAACAGACUGGUCCAGCUCCUGCACCUCCUCCGGCAUAGGAUCCUGCACCCUGACACCCACGACUCCAUCACCCACUGAAUCACCUCUGGACACCUACUUCCUCUUCCCACCACCACCCGACUCAUCAAAAACAGUAAAGCGCGCCUCCUCCCUCCGACUGGGUCAAACCACCGAAAAGGAAUCCUCACACAAGAAACUAGUCCGAUUCGCCGACUGUUUAGGCCUGGACCUCGUGGAUGUUAAGACCUUCAUCCUGGACUCGCUCCCGCUGAUCCCUCCCAGAGCUUAUGUAGAUUUGGACCUUCCUCCUUUGGAAAUUAUAUCUCCGCCAUCCUCACUUUUGCUCCUACCCACCUUCCCGCAACCCUCCACCUUACCCAACUUUACCGAUUUGUUACACACCCAAAAGAUAAAGCUCGCCAGCUGCACGGCGGAUUCACUAACGAUCACCGGAGUGAUUAAAGUCGUCAAUUUAUCAUUUGAGAAAGCCGUUUAUCUCAGAUACUCUUACAAUCAGUGGCUGGAUUUUGGGGAGUUACAGUGCACCUACGCCCCCCACGAGCACACCCCUUUGAUCGACACCUUCUCCUUUUGCCUCCCCCUCCCCCACCCCACCACUCACCCCUCCCCAUGGACCACCUUCACCUUCGCCCUGCGCUACACCACCCCAACCCAAACCUACUGGGACAACAACACCACCUUAAACUACACCUUCCACCUCCUCUAAUCCUCCUUUUCAUGAUCCUCCUCCCCAUCCCCCUCCUCCUCCACUGAGCCCCCACAAAAAACAGAGUAACAAAUCAAGCU